AUGGAGAAGAAAAUAUUGUUCGGCAAAUAUGAAACCGGGAAACAAUUAGGCAAAGGCACGUUCGCCAAAGUUUUCCAUGCAACAAACCUAGCAACAGGGGAAAAUGUGGCGAUCAAAGUGAUCAAGAAAGAGAUAGUCAAGUCACCACAAAUGAUGGAACAAAUCAAGAGGGAAAUCUCCGUUAUGCGCCUCGUUCGCCACCCUAACAUUGUUGAGCUCAAAGAAGUCAUGGCAACCAAAACCAAAAUCUUCAUUGUCAUGGAAUACGUAAAGGGUGGCGAACUCUUUGCAAAAGUAGCCAAAGGAAGGCUCACAGAAGACGUGGCUCGAAAAUACUUUCAGCAGUUGAUAAGUGCUGUUGAAUUUUGCCAUAGUUGUGGAGUUUCUCAUCGUGAUCUCAAACCAGAAAAUCUUCUCCUUGAUGAGAGUGAGAAUUUGAAGGUCACUGAUUUCGGCCUAUCGGCUUUACCAGAGCAAUUGCUUAACGAUGGCCUUCUUUACACUCAGUGUGGAACUCCUGCCUAUAUUGCACCAGAGAUAAUAAGAAACAAAGGAUAUGAUGGUGGCAAGGCCGAUAUUUGGUCAUGUGGAGUCAUAUUAUAUGUUCUUCUAGCAGGGUGUUUGCCUUUUCGAGAUUUUAACCUUAUGAAUCUAUAUAGAAAAAUUUUCAAAGCUGAAUAUAGGUUCCCCCCAUGGUUAUCUACAGAAGCAAAGCGUUUAAUAUCUAAAAUAUUGGUUCCUAACCCACAAAAAAGGAUUAGUAUAACUGGAAUAAUGAAAGAUCCUUGGUUUAGGAAAGGUUUUACAAUGCCAAUUGGAGUUUCAUCAAUUGAUCAUGAACAUGAUACAUUUUCCAUGUUAGAUAAGUUUGGAAGAGAGGAAUUAAAGCAUGGAGGGAUGAUAAAAUCACCAUCCUCCCCAGCCUUAUUGAAUGCUUUUGAAUUAAUCUCAUCAAUGUCAGCUGGAGCCAAUUUAUCGACCUUGUUUGAGAACAAGAAGAAGACGGAGUCCAUUUUUACAUCGAGGUGCUCGGCCACGAUUAUUAUGGCCAAGAUUCAAUUAUUGGCCAAUAAGUUGAAUUUUAGGGUUGCAAGAGUCAAUGGCUCAACCUUGCGGCUACAAGGUCCCUCAGAGGGCCGGAAAGCGCGAUUAUUGGUGACCAUCGAGGUGUUCAAGGUGGCUCCAGAAGUGGCGGUGGUUAAGUUCUCAAAGAUCUCAGGUGACUCGCGAGAGUACACAGAGUUUUUUGAAGAGGAGGUAAGACCAUACUUGAAGGAUAUUGUUUUGACAUGGCAUGCAGAGGAAGUGCUUAGUGCUUGUGAUAAGGAGGAUUGCAAAAUACCCAUGAAGUGUGCUAGUAGCAAGGAUUUGAGCCAACAUAAGUUAGAAGAAAUUGACAUAACUACAAACUUGUCAUCCAGCGUGUGA